AUGAAAAUUCCACCUGGUUUGUGUGUUCAAUCCACUUCUUCUGGACUUGUUCUUGCCUGCAAGCUUAAUAAGUCCCUAUAUGGUCUUAGACAAGCUUCCAGGCAAUGGUAUGCCAAGUUGUCAUCUGCCCUUCAAUCUAAAGGUUUUCAACCAAGUAUGAAUGAUUACUCAUUGUUUAUAAAACUGCAUGCUAACUAUUUAACUGUCAUGGCAGUCUAUGUAGAUGAUAUCCUUAUUACAGGUGAUGAUUUGUUAGAGAUUACUACUUUGAAGAGUUUUCUAGAUAAUCAGUUUAAGAUCAAGGAUCUUGAUGAGAUACACUAUUUCCUUGGUUUGGAAGUUCUGAAACAAUCUAAUGGGUUUUUGAUUAACCAGCAUAAGUUCCUUGUGGAUCUUCUUUCUGAAUUUCACUGUUCAGCUGUUUCUCCUGUGGUCUCUCCCCUUGAUCCUCACUCCAAGCUCUCAACUGAUGUUGGAGAUCUACUGUCUGAUCCUUCUGGAUAUAGAAGAUUGGUGGGGAAAUUGAAUUUUCUCCAACAUACUAGGCCAGACAUUUCUUUUACCGUCCAAUAUUUGAGCCAAUUUAUGUCUGCCCCAAUGAUACCCCAUUUGGAUGCAGCCUAUCAUGUGCUUAGGUACUUAACUGGGACACCCACUCUAGGCUUGUUGUUGUCCAGUUCUUCUGAUCUUACUCUUCAUGGGUUUUGUGAUUCUGACUGGGCCAGCUGUGCUGAUUCUCGAAGGUCUGUUAGUGGUUUGAUACUCUUCCUUGGUGGUUCUCCUAUUGCCUGGAAAUCUAAGAAGCAGCCCACCAUUGCCCUAUCCUCUGUUGAGGCUGAGUAUAGGGCCUUGCGGCUGCUUGUUGCUAAGGUGACUUGGGUUCUCAGAUUGUUGACUGAGCUUGGUGUUGCUAAUCUUGCUCCUGUUGAUAUUUAUUGUGACAGCCAGUCUGCGAUCCAUAUUGCGAAGAAUCCUGUUUUUCAUAAACGGACGAAACAUAUUGAAGUGGACUGUUAUUUUGUGAGGGAUGCUUUGAAGUCAGGGGUUAUCGCUUUACACUCUAUCUCUACCUCCCUACAAGUUGCUGACAUUUUUACUAAAUCUCUGUUGGGUGUUCAUCAAAAGGCAUUUAUCUCCAAGCUUGGAAUGGAUUCCCCUUCCAGCUUGAGGGGGGGUGUUGAAGUCCAUAAAGAGAAUGAAGAGCAAAAGCCCAAAGACCCAAAGUCACCGGCCCAUAUUUAUUACAUUGAUCCGACCCGGUCCAUUUGUAAAUAA